AUGGGAAACUCGUGUUGUCGCGACGAACACCAGACGGCCGGGAAGUCUGCCGCAGUGGUGCAGGGAAGCCUUGCACUCUUCGAUGCACUGCCAACUGGUGUGGAGGAGGCAACGGUGGACCACGUCUACGAUGGUGACACGCUCACCAUUCGCGAGCACAACCGCAUGCGGGUACGGCUGGUUGGCAUCGAUGCGCCGGAGCUGACGGAGCGGGAGCCCUACGCGAAGGAGGCGGCCGACUACGUGAAGAGGCUAUGCCCGGCAGACGCCAAGGUGUGGCUGAAGACGCCGCACGGCGGCCAGAAGGACCGGUACAACCGCAUGCUCUCCCUUGUCUUCGUGUCGAACCCGUCUGGCGGCCCUGGCUUUCUGUGCGUGAACGUCGCCGUCGUUGAGCAAGGCCUUGCCACCUUCUACUCCCCCGCCGGCACCCACGUUGACCUUCGGGACCAGCUGCUCAAGGCACAGCAGAGCGCCAUCCAGCGUAAGGUGAACAUGUGGAAGAGGCAGAACGGUCGCAAGAAGGUGUUCUGCACGCCGAAGGGUAUUGCCUUCCACACCUCUGACUGUCUCACUAUCCAGCAGACAAGCUCGAAGAACUUGCGAACCGUUUCGGUCGAGCAGGCGCUGUUCAAGGGCUACAGCCCAUGCCGCGUGUGCAAACCGCAGCGGUAA